CGCGUUCAACUGCCCGUUCUGCUCUCCAGCCACCGGCGCGUCUCCUCAUCGCGGCGUCAAUUCCCACUCAAUCAUGGCUCGCGCAACUCGCUCUGCUGCAGCCACCACCGCGGUCGCUGAAAAAGACAAACCUUCUGCGUCGCCUCCAACCUCUCGCAAGGGUGCGUCCAAGAAACGCAAGCGCACCUCCAACGCCCAGAACGGCGGCUCACCGCCCAACAAACACGCUCGUACGAUCUCCAAAGACGAUGGCUCGCUGGAGCCCAACACCAAUACCAAGGAGACGAAGGAUGUUGAACUCCCUGGCAGCGGUGAUGUGCCCAUUCGAAACACAGACGCCACAAACAUCCUAGAAGUUCUUGAAAUGGUCGACACCCAAGGUCUUCUCGACCGAGUCUUCCCACUACCAACAGCCUCCGGAGACGCAGCAGUGUCCGAACCCUCAUCAAGCACUUCUACCACAAUGCUGUCCUUCCGUUCUCUGCUCCAGAAUGCUUCCCAGCAUCCCUUGAGUGUACUCCGCACCGCGGUCAAGCAUCUCCUACCUAUAUCUUUCCAUCCACGCUCUCGUCCGUCAGAGCCGGCCGCUCAGCAACUCCAUUUCUGCAACCUUGCGAGUUCGCUCCUCGAUGAGGCCUCGCGGAAUAACACCCAAGUCCCUCCUGACGUGGAAAGCCUGAUCACUAUUGGCGACAACCUAGAUCCAGACGAUACAGCUGCCCUCGCCCUAGCGUCCGACUCCGGGCUUCGGCCACGGAAAUAUGCGCUCGUGCAGCACCUACCGUCCGGCGACUGGUGGUCCUCUGCAAGUUCGAGCACGCCGGCGGUCGACGGAGAAGGCAAGGACCUCAAGAACUUGUAUACUGCGAAGGCGGACCUGGUCGCGAUUUUCCCAGCGGCGUCCUCAUCCGACGCCGCAUACAAGCACACUCUUGGGGACUACGUGACGAAGAAACCAGCCGCGGUAGGUCAUCACCGUCCUCCACCCCCACGCCGCGUGAGCUGCGGGAAGUUUCUCUACUACGGCCCGUACGCGAGCUUCGCACCGUCAUUCGAUCAAGAUGGCGUUGAGGUUGGGCGCAUCGCUAUGGGCGAAGUCAUCUAUCACCAAGAAAUGAAGCGCAGGCUGCGUGCACUGGCCAAGGGCAAGCGGCGAGCCUUCGCAAACAGGUCUGAGGGAACCCAGGCCGAGACCGAAGACGUCGAAAUGCAGGAAGUGUACGGGGAGAGUGCGGCCGGACCGUCGGAGGCACCGACGGAGCUUGUCAAGGGGAUCGAAGCACUGCUUCCGGAGGAAGAAGUGGAAGCGAUCAAGGCGUCGCUGGGCACGCUGGAGAUGGAGCAGGCGGUCGAGGAGCUGCUGCAGAGAAAUGCGAAGGCACUGCAACGGCUAGAGGAACUGCAGCUGGCGCGAUUUAGCGAGCAGGGAACAGGGUCGAGCAUCGUGGAGGUCGGCUCGGAAGAGUGGGAUGUCGCCCAAGGCAUCUUGAAUUCUCUGGCCCUACUAGCAUCCCUCAGACCACGACCGUCCAACAGCGACUCAGACCAGUCGCCCCUCGUCCCACCGCCCUCCGUACUGCAUAAGCUUCAGCGAACUCUACCGGUGGAGGCCACCGAAGGCUGGUACGGGACGCUCCCGGAAGGCCGCACGACCGCGUUCCGCGACGACACUACCGUCCACGUUCGCUCCGGCGGCGUCGCCGCCACCCCAGCCAAGCCCAUCGCAGCUCCUGCACCAUCCACCCCCGCCGCCAAGACCCCCGCCGCGGCGCCCGCAUACACCCCGUACACAUACCCUUCUAACUACCAGAAUUCACCGUACCGUGGCGGCUACGGCACAUACACCCCCGCGGCGACGAAUACUAGCUACUACCCGAACUACACCACGCCUACCACGCAGGCGGGCACAGCCUCGCACUAUCCGAACGCACAGUACGCGGGCGCGCAGCAAAGUGGGUACGCCUACUCCCCCUGGUACUACCAGAACCAGGCCGGGUCGACAUCUGGGCGCGCGACGCCCCAGCCCGCUGCCGCUGCUCCCGUCACCCCCGCCCCCGCAGCAGCGACUGGAGCGAACGCAAACUAUGCGGGGUACUAUAGCGCAACGGGCGCGCAGGCGUCCCCAGCCCAGCGGGCGGUCGCAAACACGGUCGCGAAGCCGUACCAGACCCCGGCGUGGACGGGCACUCAGACGCUUCCGCCGCACAUGCGGAGCGCGGUUGCGGCCGCCGCGUCGCCUGGCACGCCGCCGCCAGCGACAGGCGCUGCCGCUCCAGCCGGGUACCCCGCGGCGGGGUACUACGGGGGCUACCAGGCGCCGCGGUGAGUGGGCGGACGGAGUGCGUGAGGUACUUUAUUAGUGUAAUAUUAGCAGCGUAGGUGAGCCCGCCGAGGCGAGGCGUCGUAAUUGUGCAGUGUGUCCUAAGUCUUGACACGUAGUUCCGUCGUUUCUGGAGAAUCGAGAACCGAGUACAGUAUGGCUAGCAGUACGUAGAUUUUUGUCGUGACCCGUGUACCCUUCGUACGAUGCGUAAUGGCAAAGCGGCGUGAACGCUAUUGAACC